CACAACUGUCCUAGCUUACACAGAGGUAACACCACACACACAACAUGGCUCACACUAUAAGUCUGCUAAACAGUGAAACUGUACGGAGUGCCUACAUGGGAAUAUGUUUUAUGAUACUUUUCUCUGGAUUUUACACGAUUUCUAAUUUAGAGAAACUAUUUCUUCAGUCAACUCAGCUAGAGGACCCCAGCUUCACGGGAGAUGGAUACAUCAGUUUGGCCGUUCUGUACUCUACAUUCGCAGUGUUUAUGUGGAUGGUUCCAUCCAUCAUCAGUGUCAUCGGACCCAAGAUGACACUUAUCAUCGGCUCUGUAGGCUACAGUCUGUUUAUAGGGUCGUUCUUCUUGGAGAAUGCUUGGUUGCUGUACGCAGCUUCCCUGUGUUGUGGUAUGGGAGCCUCCAUGAUAUGGACUUCGCAGGGUAACUACAUGAUACUGACAUCAUCCCCUCUCACUCUCACUCGCAACUUGGCCAUCUUCAACGUCAUUUGGCAGUCAUCGAUGUUUUACGGAAACAUAUUUGCAUUUCUGACAUUUGAAGGGAAGGAUCAUUUAGACAAGGAGACUAGAACGACUGUUUUGCUCGCACUCUUGGCUAUUUCCAUAGCUGGAACUGUGGCUUUUAUGUUGUUACCUUCACCAGUUGAUACCCAAGGAAAAAAGAUUAAAGAAGACCACGGAAGUCCUCUUCAAGCACUGAUGAAGACUUGGGAAAUCGCUUCCACCAGAUACAUGUUGAUAAUGUUUAUAUCUUUCGUCUACAUGGGGCUUCAAAUCUGCUUCAUGUCUGGGGUGUAUGGAGCUUGUGUUGGAUUUACCAAACAGCUGGAGAAUUCUGAGCAGCUGGUUCCUUUGGUCGGUCUGAUCAUCGGGGCUGGCGAGAUCUUAUCGGAAUGUGUUCUGAUCGGCCUCGGUAAGAGGAUUGCUCUGUGGAAGUAUGGCCAGACCAUUGUCAUGCUGUCAGCUCUUGCCAUAGAGUACGCUGCUUUCGUCUUAAUCCUGCUCAAUUUCCCUGACAACUCAGUGUUUGGAGUAACUAAUGAUCAUGCCAUUAUUGAAAGCAGCUGGUGGAUCGCCGUCAUAGCAGCUCUGUUAAUCGGACUCACCGACGGUAUCUACAUGUCUAUGAUUCCUGCCAUGGUUGGAGCGAUCUUCCCGAACGACAGUGUUUACGGAUGUGCCGUGUUCACUUUCGUCUUUAGUUUGUUCUCUGCCGUUGGAUUCUUCAGCAGCAAUUACGUCAGCCUCUACUGGCAACUUCUUGUACUAACGGUGACUGGCACGAUGGGUGCGGCGAGUUACAUCUACGUUAGUUUGGACAUCCACAAGGGAAAACAGCAGACAAAGAUGUAGAAAGUAGAACGACUUAAUGACAAAUAAGUUCCUUCAGUAAGUUUAUAAGGUUUUUUACUGCAUUUUUGUUUAAUAUGAAUUGGAUGCUCUCAGAAAAUGUGUCCAUAUUAUGCAAUCGUUAUGUUGACUUUUGCAGUAUCGUUAACAAGUGAAAUCAGCUGAUCAAAUUGAUGUGUUUCUUGUUAAUGUUAGUAUAUUUGUGAUUGCAAUUGUUUAGAAAACAGACUCGUUGAACUGUUAACAGUUUCUGACUUAACUGAGACUUGUAUCAGGUGUUUUGACUAUGAUUGUAUAGCUAGUAACAGGUGAUUUGUUCAUUUUGUUUGAUUUUUUAAAUUAGUUCGGCAUUUCUUCCAAAGUUCAUAAGAGACGAAUUGAUUGUAAGAAGUGCAAUUGUGAAUCGCAUUUUCCAACCUACAAUGAUAGAUUGAUAUCACAUUUUAAAGAUAAGUUGACCGAUUGUAAAGAAACUGUGGACAAAAACAUUUAGAGAGUGUUUUAUAUUUUAAUAAUUAAUUAUUAUAUUAGUGUUAGUAAAUUAAUAUUUGAUUAUUUUUAUAA